UAAAGAUGGCAGCGCGCAGUCAUGCCGGCACAAGUCGGGCUCUGUGGCGAUUUUCAGGGGUCCUUGGCGAGAGCUUUUGGAGUCCACGUUGGUGGUGCGGUCGGCUUCUCGCCACUGAAUGUGCGAAUGAGAAGAAGGAGAUGAAGCGAGUGCGCAAGGACCAUCUGAAGGAGUUUCCACACCCCAAGAGUCUGCUGCACAAUGUGAUUUCUCGGGCCCUGGGCAUCUCUGAUGUGAAGGAGCAGAUUGUGUACAACUGUAUUGAAGGCAGCAUCAAGAGGGCCAUUCUACAGGUGAACUGGCCGAAAAAGUUUGAAGUGGAAGGUUUUGGAACAAAGAAGGUGGACGCGGAACGGCGAGCUGCUGCUGCAGCAUGUAAAGUGUUAAAGGACAUGGGUUUGUUGGGCCCUGGUAAUAAGAUGUUCAAGGCUAAAGAGUAUCGCUCCAUGACAUACAAGACACCUUCAGUGACCACACAACUUACUGAAGAGGAUGAAGACGAGGAGGAGGAAUGGCGUCAACAAGAAGCAGAAGAGGGUGUGCUGGAUGUGACGGACUUUAUUUCAGACAUAAACAAGGAAACACAGACGCCUAAAGAAAUUGGCAGGUUUGAUCAAGAUGAUGUUAAUGGAGCACUUGCUCUAAAGAUGUUCCUGAAUCCUAAGGCUUUGCUGGUUAAUGUUGUCCAGGUGGCCACGGCUUCUUCUAACAUUGCGGAUUUUAUGAAGUACAGGACUGAAGGUGGAAAGUCGAAGACUUGUGAGUUAACCCUGCAGUGGCCUUAUGUGCUCACAUUCAUAGCCAGGGGGCGACAUAAGUCUGAAGCUGAGAACCGAGCUGCUGCCCUUGCCUGCAAGAAGUUGAAGGCCUUGGGUCUCAUUGACCGAAAUAACAACCCAUUGACUCACGCCAUGUACCACCUCGAUGCCAUACGUCAGCUGGGGCAGCAGGAAAAGCAGCCGUGCCGGAUUGAAGUUCCUGUCGAGUUACAGGAGAGGAUCCACCGCUAUUUGUUGCAGUAUCCGUUAGAAAGCACCCCUGAUAGUUCCUUUUCAGAUGAGAUGGAAGCUUUGGGAGAAGUACAAGACAAUGACCAUAUAAUGGAUGCUAUUGCAGGUGGUCAGUAUGUGCCGCUCCCUGACUGGGAAUCACAAAAAAUGAACGAGACCCUACUGCAUCAGUGGAAUUUGCAGCUGAACAAGGGCGGCCUUAAAGAGCUACCUGUGGACUUGCACAAAGAUCGAGUGGUGGCUGCUGUUAAGGAUAACCGUGUAACUAUCAUUGCCGGUGAGACAGGUUGUGGGAAGACUACUCGCAUUCCCCGAUUCAUUCUGGAAAAGUAUAUUCAGGAAGGCUGCGGUUCUUCGUGCAACAUCUUGAUUACUCAGCCACGACGAAUCAGCGCUAUGUCAGUGGCACACCGAGUCGGCCAGGAGCUGGGCCCACGUCUGUGCAAGAAAGUAGGCUACCAGGUGCGCCUGGAGAGCUCUCUUCCACAGCGUGGUGGGGCACUUCUCUUCUGCACAGUUGGUAUUCUGUUGAAAAAACUACAAGGAAACCCCGGGCUGGAAGGCGUGAGCCACGUGAUUGUGGACGAGGUCCAUGAGAGGGACAUCAACACAGACUUUCUCCUGGUGCUUCUCAGAAAGGUGCUGGAUGCCAAUCCCAAUCUUCGGCUGGUGCUGAUGAGUGCCAGUGGAGACAUGCAGAGACUCUCCGAAUACUUCAAUAACUGUCCAGUGGUUAGGGUCCCAGGCUUCAUGUAUCCAGUGAAGGAGCACUACUUAGAAGAAGUGUUGCAAAUGAUGGGUCGCCAGCAAGGCAUGAAACCUAGUGACAGCACGCUUUCUAAGGACGAGGACCCCAGCCCAGAUCUGGACCUUGCAGCUGAUGUAAUUGAAUAUAUCGAUGUCAACCGAGAGCCAGGGGGAAUUCUGUGUUUUCUGCCAGGGUGGCAAGAUAUCCGAGGUGUUCAGGAAAGACUCUUGGAGAAGCCAUCAUUUCAGUCUGGAAAACAACUUCUUUUACCAGUCCAUUCCAACCUCCCUAUGAUGAACCAGCAGGCAAUUUUUCAGGCACCACCUGCUGGCAUGCGCAAAAUCAUCUUGGCCACAAAUAUUGCUGAGACCUCCAUCACCGUGGACGACAUUGUGCAUGUGGUGGACUUGGGAAGCCAUAAGGAGCAGCGUUACGACCUUCGAACUAAGGUUUCUUGCUUGGACACGGUGUGGAUCUCUCAGUCUAAUGUGAUUCAAAGACGCGGACGAGCAGGGCGUUGCCAGCCAGGUCAUUCCUAUCAUCUCUUCCCACAUCAGCGACUUGAAACUAUGAACACAUACCCUGUCCCUGAAAUCCUGCGCACCCCUUUGGAGAACUUGGUUCUUCAGUGCAAAAUACACAGUCCAGAUCUUUCAGCCGCUGAUUUCCUUUCGCAGGCUCUGGAUAGCCCGGAUAGUAAAGCCGUACUUCAGGCAGUAUGGGGCCUCCAAGAGAUUGGUGUUUUGGACAUGAGAGAGCACUUAACUACUCUGGGUCAGCACAUUGCCCAUAUUUCUACUGACCCCCGGCUGGCAAAGGCUAUUGUCUAUGCAGCUAUGUUCCGCUGCAUGCUGCCCAUUCUGACCAUCGUGGCCUGUCUGACCAGGGAUCCUUUCCAUAACAUCCUCCAGAAUCGAGCAGCUGUGACUCAGACGAAGACGGCACUGAGUGCACAAAGCCAGAGCGAUCAUUUGGUGUUUGUACGCGCCGUGGAUGGCUGGCGAAGGGUGCGUCAGGAAAAGAACCCCCUCUUACGACAGAACUAUUUGGAGGAGAACAUGCUGUAUGGCCCCAGCCUUCGCUUUAUUCAGGGGUUGAUCCAGCAGUUCUCGGAGAAUGCCUACGAUGCCUUCCUGGUCUCUGAGCCAUCACAUUGCACCCAUCCGUUCUCCAGGUGUAAUCAGUUCAGCAAGGUGGACGAGCUGGUCAAGGGGGUCCUGCUGGCCGGACUCUAUCCCAACAUUAUCCAGGUCAAGCGUGGCAAGGUGACAAAGCAAGGCAAAUUCAAGCCCAACAGCCUGAUGUUUCGCACGAGGAGCGGGCCCGUCCUGUUACAUCGCUCAACUGUCAAUAGGAAUGAAGAGGAGUUCUCCAGUCGCUGGCUGACCUUCUUCACAGCAGUCAAGUCCAACGGGAACGUCUUUGUUCGCGACAGCUCCACGGUGCACCCUCUGGCGCUGCUGCUGCUGCCUCACGGUGACGUCAAGGAGCUGGAUACUGGCAGCAGCAUUAUGGUGUCCCUCGAUGACAGCGACCUCGUAAAGCUCGAGUUUCCCAAGCACAGCUGGAAUUUACUACGGGAUUUCCGACUCUCCCUUCAAAACAUGGUGAAGACGUGCCUGCGAUUUGAACUUUCUGAAAUCCCCGCAGAUUGGCAGGUGCAACAUGAAGAGCUGUUGUCUCUGCUGGUGGAUUUGCUCAGCUUCACUGCUCCCGCAGAGUGACUGACGCGUUCUGAACCAAAAUCAUUCGAGACAAUCGGGUGUAACUUAAUGGCUCCUGUCCUUCAGGUAACUAAUGGAACGCCAGUGGACGUAUAAAAUGAAAUCUUAAGACGCCAAGCAAAGAAAAGUACGAGGAUGGUGGGUGGUUAAGAUCAGUCGGCACCUUGGUUUCUGUCUGGUACAGGUUUUUCUUUACUUUGUUUUCCUGACUAAAUAUAUAUUAUUUAUUUAUUUUGGAAUGGUUCAGGAAUUAAGUGCUAGAUCUCCAGGAAGAGUUGUUUUCUGUUGCACUGACCCCUUUGAGCUGCUAACCCCUACAGAUUUCGCCAUUUUUUUGUCGGCAGAUUUGUCUGACAAGCAGCGGAAGAACACGCUGAGAACUGUAUUCUGUAUCAGAAUGAGUGGAUGGAAGAUUCAAAUAAAUAUUUUUGUCAAUA